AUGGAAGACAUCCCAAGUCAACCGGAGCCAGUGGCGCAGCUGGACCUUUUAUGCAUCGCGGGGGGUAUGGGCUGCUGGUACUUUGCCAAAGAGCAACUGGGCGAGGCCUGGGCUCUCACCAUCCGCGCGAAGCGAGCUUGGCCGGUGCAGCUCCUGGGUGCGGCGCUGAUGGCCUCCAGUGUCUCACUGAGGACGUGUGCCGUGGACCGCUUCCGGGCGCAGGGCACUCCACUGAGCCACCGGCAGGCCUCACAGGUCUUGGUGAUGGAUGGGCCGUUUGAAUGGUCAAGGAAUCCCAUGUACCUGAGCAUGCUUGGAAACAUCAGCUCCGUGGGGCUGAUGGCAAACACUUGGUGGGGUCUUCUAGCGCUGCUGCCGUUUGCAGCCUACCUGCAGUUCUGCAUCAUUCCAGGCGAAGAAGCCUAUUUGCGUGCGAGAUUCAAGGGCUACGAUGCAUAUGCGCAGCGGACUCCUCGAUGGUUGCUGUAG